AUGGCAAAGGGGGGAGAAGAAACCAGCAGCCAUUCCCCAGCCGAUUUCGACCAACGUUAUCUCCGUGGACCUACUGGGCCAUGCCAAGUCGAAGUUCGUAUGUACCUGCUCCAUGUAGAUGUCUUGUCCGUCACAGACGGCGUCCGGGCCAUCCGCAACCUCCUUGGCCAACAACACUUCUUCGACUUCUGUCCGCAGUGGAACAGUCCCGUUCUGGCUCUGCCGUCAUCGAUUUGCAACGCUAGCUGGAAACAAGAUGCCAUCCUGCCCAGUGUCGGAAAGUUCCUAAGCAGCGCUGCUUUUAGAUUGAGCUCCUUCCUGCUUAGCCUCACGCAACUGAGCAUAUCACCUAUAUAA